AAUUUUCACUUCCAUUAUAUAGUUGCAUUUCUCAUUGUACGGCAUUCUAGUCAAAAAGGGAACAAUAUGUAGCCAAAUUUGUGGCAACAAUACAAUUACAAUAAUCCCUCUUUUUCAUUUUCACACCAAAUCUCACUAUUCUCUUCACCAUCUUCAUCAUCAUCUUAAUCAUAUCAUCAUAACCCUUUUCUCUCCACUCCCCAAAUUCAAUGAACACCUAAAAAUCAAUACUCACGUGCAUGUCACGUGUGUGAGAUUUUCAAUCUUUUUCAUCUUCAUCUUCUUCUAGUAUUCUUCACCUAAAUAAAUCCACUUCUACCUAUCUCAAUUUUUUUUCUUACCCACUUCAAAACUCUCUGCAAAGUUCGAAUCUUUAGCUGAAAAUAGCAACACCCAGAACAACCGUUACUCCAAUGCGACGAAAAAUGACUCAGUAGUUUCAGUUUCAGCUUCUGUGAUCGUUCAACAAUGGGGGGUUGCACCUCGAAGCCGCAGAAACCCAACCCAUAUGCCGUUAGAGAAACGGAAGCUGACCCAACGCAAAUCCCGAAAACCCCGCUAAGUCCCGUCGCCGAUAGUCAUGGCCGGAAAGAUAAAGAUGACGUCAUCGCCGGGAAAAAGUCUCCGUUUUUUCCGUUUUACAGUCCGAGCCCGGCUCGUUUUUUGAAGAAGUCUCCUUCGACUCCGAGCCGGAGUACGAGCUCGACGCCGAGGAGGUUUUUCCGGAGACCUUUUCCUCCGCCUUCCCCGGCGAAGCAUAUAAGGGCUGUGUUGGCUCGGAGACAAGGGAAGAAGGAAACUGCGGCGAUACCGGAAGAUUCGGAGGAGGCUGCAGGGGAUUUGGACAAGAGAUUUGGAUUCUCGAAGGAUUUUACUAGUAAGUUGGAGGUUGGAGAAGAAGUUGGUAGAGGGCAUUUUGGGUAUACUUGUUCUGCUAAGUUCAAGAAGGGUGAGCAUAAGGGUCAACAAGUAGCUGUAAAAGUCAUUCCUAAAGCAAAGAUGACAACAGCAAUUGCAAUUGAAGAUGUAAGAAGGGAGGUGAAAAUAUUGCGAGCUUUAAACGGGCACAGCAAUUUGGUACAAUUCUAUGAUUCAUUUGAAGACCAAGAAAAUGUCUACAUUGUCAUGGAGUUAUGUGAAGGGGGAGAGCUAUUAGAUAUGAUACUAUCAAGAGGAGGGAAAUACUCAGAAGAUGAUGCGAAGGCUGUCAUGGUACAAAUACUAAAUGUUGUUGCAUUUUGUCAUCUUCAGGGUGUGGUGCAUCGAGAUCUUAAGCCCGAGAAUUUUUUGUACACUUCAAAAGACGAAAGUUCCGAGUUAAAAGCUAUAGACUUUGGAUUAUCAGAUUUUGUCAGACCAGAUGAGAGGCUUAAUGACAUUGUUGGAAGUGCUUAUUAUGUGGCUCCUGAAGUUCUUCAUAGAUCUUACAGCACAGAAGCUGAUGUGUGGAGUAUAGGUGUGAUAGCAUAUAUUCUAUUAUGCGGUAGUCGUCCAUUUUGGGCUAGAACAGAAUCGGGUAUUUUUAGGGCCGUUUUGAAAGCUGAUCCAGGCUUUGAAGAAGUUCCUUGGCCAUCCUUAUCUUCAGAAGCAAAAGAUUUUGUCAAACGCCUACUGAAUAAGGACCCACGGAAACGAAUAUCUGCUGCUCAGGCACUGAGUCAUCCUUGGAUUCGUAAUUACAAUGAUGUAAAAGUUCCACUUGAUAUUUUAAUAUUCAAGCUCAUGAAGACUUAUAUGAGAUCAUCAUCUUUGCGCAAAGCUGCCUUAAGGGCCUUGUCAAAGACAUUAACUGCUGAUGAACUCUAUUAUCUAAGGGAACAGUUUGCACUGUUGGAACCAAGCAAAAAUGGCAGCAUAUCCUUGGAGAACAUUAACAAGGCCUUGAAGAAAUAUGCAACAGAUGCCAUGAAAGAGUCUCGUAUCACUGAUUUUCUUUCCUCGCUGACUUCAUUACAAUAUAGAAGAAUGGAUUUUGAAGAAUUUUCUGCUGCUGCGUUAAGUGUGCAUCAACUCGAAGCUCUUGAUCGUUGGGAACAACAUGCCCGCUGUGCGUAUGAACUUUUUGAGAAAGACGGAAACCGGGCUAUUGUCAUUGAAGAACUUGCUUCAGAACUUGGCCUUGGUCCAUCUAUCCCUGUUCAUGUUGUUCUUCAUGACUGGAUACGUCACACCGAUGGGAAGUUAAGCUUUCUCGGGUUUGUCAAAUUAUUGCAUGGUGUAUCUAGCAGAAGCAUUGCAAAGGUCCAGUAAUGAUGUAAAGCAAAGGCUUGUGGUUCAAUCAUAUAUGAAUUUGUGUCUAUUGUGCUGAGCAAUUGAUGAUUGUUUCCUUGGCAUCUGAAGCUAAUUGCAAGCAUAGGCCAUUUAAGUAUAGUUUGAUAAUGAAGUGCAAAAUGAUUCUUUUGAAGGUGAUCAAAUUGUAAAAUAGUCUACAGAACUGUGGCUUAAGAAUUAAGAUAUGAAUUGUAGGUUUAGAAUUAGCUUUGCCUUGAUGGGUGGUAAUAAUUUAGUGUCACUUGUCUUAAUGAAUGCUUUUGUAUACAUUUUACAUUUGCAACUCUUAUAAUUUCUAAUCUUGUUUUUGUUGUA